CUCUUGCUUUCCCUUCUUUCAUAGCCUUUCUUCUCUGUCGCUCUGUCCUUGCUUUUCUUUCACAACUCUACUGUCAAAAUCGUAAAUUUCCCAUAUUUUCUUGUUUCCAUCUCAAAAGACCUCUAGAAGCUAUAGUUCCCUCUGCAUUCUCUUCCACAUCAAAAUGCCUCCUUCAUACUUCCCUCUGCGGUGGGAGAGCACAGGAGAUCAGUGGUGGUACGCCUCCCCAAUCGACUGGGCUGCUGCCAACGGCCACUAUGACCUGGUCAGGGAGCUUCUCCAUCUCGACACCAACCAACUCAUCAAGCUCACCUCCCUCAGGCGAAUUCGCCGUCUUGAAACCGUCUGGGACGACGAAACCCAGUUCAAGCAUGUCGCCAAGUGUCGUUCUCAGGUUGCUCGGAAGCUGUUCGUAGAAUGUGAGAGCAAGAGAGGAAACAACUCCCUCAUACGUGCAGGCUACGGUGGAUGGGUUCUGUACACUGCUGCCUCCGCUGGGGACUUGGGGUUUGUCAAGGAAUUGCUCGACAGGGACCCUCUGUUAGUAUUUGGGGAAGGAGAGUUCGGUGUCACGGAUAUCUUUUACGCUGCUGCAAGGAGCAGGAAUUCUGAGGUGUUCAGGGUCCUGUUUGAUUUCGCAGUCUCACCAAGGUGUUUGAUGGGAAGUGGAGGAGAAACAGAGCAGCAGCCAGAGGAGGUUCCUUCGGUUUUUAGGUGGGAGAUGGUGAACAGGGCUGUUCAUGCAGCAGCUAGAGGAGGUAACUUGGAGAUCCUCAGGGAGCUUCUUACAGAUUGUACUGAUGUCUUGGCUUAUAAGGAUCUUCAGGGUUCAACGAUCUUGCAUGCUGCCUCUGGCAGGGGACAGGUUGAGGUAGUCAAGUAUCUAGUGGCAUCCUUUGACAUCAUCACCUCAACUGACAAUCAAGGAAACACGGCAUUGCAUGUGGCUGCUUACAGGGGUCACUUAGCAGUGUUAGAGGCUCUAAUUCUUGCGUCGCCUUCAUCCAGCUCUUUGAAAAACAAUGGGGGAGAUACCUUCCUCCAUAUGGCUGUGGCUGGUUUCCGCACUCCAGGUUUCCGAAGGUUGGACAGACAGAUUGAUCUCAUGAAGCAGUUGGUCUGUGGAAAGAUCAUAAGUAUGCAAGAUGUCAUUAAUAUCAGAAACAAUGAUGGAAGAACUCCCCUUCAUAUGGCUGUUCUUGAGAAUAUGCACUCUAAUCUGGUGGAACUCCUAAUGAGGGUACCGUCAAUUGAUUUGAACAUACGUGAUGUUUAUGGCAUGACGCCGCUAGAUCUCCUCAGACAAGGGCCAAAAUCUGCAUUAUCUGAAUUACUGAUUAAGCAGUUGAUUUCUGCUGGUGGAAUGUCCAAUUGUCAGGACUAUACGGCUAGAAAUGCCAUCGUUUCUCACCUAAAGAUGCAAGGCAUUGGAAGCAGUCCUGGAACUUCCUUUAAAAUCUCUGAUGCAGAGAUAUUCUUGUACACAGGCAUUGAGAAUGCAUCAGAUGCUGGUGGUGAUCUGGGAAGUGCAACGUGCUCAAGUGAAAUAAGUAACUUUGACUCAGCCGAUGGGAGCCAUGGCUCUUUUGAUAAUAAAAAGCCUAAUUCUGUAAACUAUGCAGCAAGACGUCUAAAAAUUCUCCUCCAAUGGUCAAGGCGAAAAGAAAAGAAAACUGAAGAUUUGAAGAAGUUGGGAGAUGAUGAUUCAGUAGGAUCAUGUAAGAAACAGAGAAAUUUGGAUGACACUGCAACGCCACUCAGGCAAAGAUUCUCAAAACCCUCAUCUCUUCCGAACAACAAAAGGGCUCUUUCUGUCAGGAGUAAUCUUCCAAGUCCAUCCCGCAAGAAGAAGCUUGCUGUAGGACUAAUCCAUGGUGUUGUUCAGGCCAUACCACAGUUAUCUGUUCCCACCAGAUCAUCUACCAGUUCUUUCUCAAACUCACCGAUUCCGUCACCUACUUCAUUGGAUAAACAAAAAGGUGUGCAUACUGGAAAUGAAAGUGCUGAUCCCUCUUGCUCUAAGCAAUCUCUAAUUGGUGGAGCAGUGGACAUGAGCCAAAAACAAACCCCAGUAAAAAGGAGGUUGAUGAACCAGUACUUCUGUUUCGGUGCACAAAGCUUGGCUGUACAUGACCCUGCUAUGGGGCCUCCGUCAAACCAGGGUUAUAAGCGUUCACUUCUAUCAGUGUCUUGAUUGAGUUGGUCUAAAAGGAUGGUGCCUGUGUGGCUCCUGCCAUUAGAGACUGUUCAAAAUCAUCUCAUCAGGUUUACUUCACCUUUAAAUGCAUUAGAUCAAUAGAGAUCUGAAGAUGUUAUUUUGUUCUCAUUC